UUCGGCUGUUCGCUCGGCCGCUCUCCGCACUCGGCUCGCUCGCCACGCCACUCACUCGCGGGACGAGCGGAGAGUGUGAGCGAGAGAGCGGGUGGUGGAGAGGGAGAAGAGAGACAGAGGGAGUGCGAGUGUGAGAGGAGGAACGCGGAGCCGAGCGUUGCGUCUUGCGUUGCGCCCUGCCCGUGAGUGACUCUGCUGCGCUUCGUCCCGCGGUGCUGCGGCGUUCGUUGGUGUCUCAAAGCGUUGACGCCGCGCCAGGUCCCAGUUCGCGUCGCGUGCGUGUGAGAGCGUGUUUGUGUGUGUGUGUGUCGCCCCAGGUGCCAAAAGGGCUGGACGUCAAAGCCAAAGCAGAGUCCCCGACGGUCCUUAGCGGAGCCGUGCCCGGCGUCUCUUGAUUGGGGUCGGGACGCCGUCGCGUAGGGCCCCGCGAGGAGCAGGGACCCCCGCACGACCCGGUUGUCGCGACAGUGUGGAUAACAACCCCCGCGGCCUCCUGGACGCCGUCGCCCUCCGCGCUCGGAGCGCGAGACCCAGCGGUCUGCAACAAAGGAGCCUCCCGCCCUAACCUCACUCCCGCCGCGGCGAGAGCGCGAGAGAACCCCGCGGCCCCCGCAGGCCAGGCGCAGGCGCUCGCCCCUCUGCAGGCUCAAGCGACGCGAGGCGGGGCCCCCCGAGGCGGGACGCCGAUUCAGGAACCGUCCCGAUGCGAUAAUGCAGUCAACAGAGCGCGGGCCGUCCUCGGACAAACCCUGAUCGCGGGAGGGCCAUGGACAAGGACAAUGACAAGGACCGCGGGGACAAGUUGGGAGGCUCGGGGACGGACCCGGCCUCGCUGCUGGACGCUGCCACGCUGUUCGCGGCCCACUCCUUCCUCAGCGGGGCGGGCAUGUCCGGCGGCUACGGCAACCACCUCGCGGGCCACCCGGCGCUCGCGGGCGCCUACGGCAUGCUGGGCAGCGGCGGUGGUAGCAGCGGCCGCGGCUCCAACGCGGCGGCGGCCGCCGCAGCUGCGGCCUACGGCGGUCACUCGGCCAGCCACGGCAGCCACGGUAGCCAUGGCAGCCACGGCGGCCACGGUGGUCAUGGCAGUCACGGCAGCCACACCAGCCACGCGUCCACGCCCACCUCGGCGGCGGCCGCGUCCUACUCCAACCUGGGCACCCUGAGCGUGGCCGCGAGCCAGGCCGCGAGCCUGGGCAUGAACCCGGCCAGCACGGCGGCGUGGUGGACCAUGGCCGCGUCGCACCUGGCCGCCCAGGACUACCUUGCGCGGCUGCAGGCGCAGGCCAGUGGGCUGUCCUUCCCCGGGAUGGGCCCGGAGAGCCUCAUGUCGGGCUACUCAAGUCUCAUGGGAGUGCCGCCCACCCAGCACCACUCCUCUGGGGGGAAGAGCAGCAAGAGCUCCAAGAGCGCAUCGGCGUCGAGUCUGCCGGUGCCGCCGUCGCUCUCCGUCUCGGCGACACACUCGUCCUCCAACUCCAGUUCGCACCGGAACCGCGACCGCGAGAGGGAGCGAGCAAGGGAAGCGGAGCGGGAGCGGGUGAGGGAAGUGGAGAGAGAACGGGAGAGGGAGCGAGAACGAGAGAGGGAGCGUGAGAGAGAACGGGAGCGCGAGCGUGAGAGGGAGAGGGAGAGAGAUCGGGAGCGAGAACGGGAGCGAGAGAGAGAACAGGAGCAGCACAGCAAUGCCGCCGCCCUGGCCGCUGCCGCCGCCGCCGCGCUGGGCGCCGCGCCACCGAAUAUGAUGAAUGAUUCGGCCAGCAUACUGGGUGGCGUGCGCCUGCCUCCUGACACGGAGAUCAUCAAGUACACGUCGUCCAUAGUCGGCCCCAAGAUUCCAGGAAACACGAACCGUGGACGAAAGAAAACCAUCUCCCUUGAUCCCCCGUCCGUCAGUGUCACCCCUACCCAUUCGUCUACAGGACUUUUAAUAGACCGCUAUAAGAGGCCACUCCCGCCUCUAGACUCCGUUAGACCUUACGAUAAUCCGAACGCUCCCGCCAACGACCGGGACAGGGUCGAAGUUAGAAAAUUACCUGCCCACAGCAACUCAAGCAACGGCACUUUAAACCUGUCGGGGAACAACCCGCGCUUCCCACCGGUGCCCGCCUCGGAAGGGGAUGAGGCACCGCUGGACUUGUGUACGAAGCCCGCCGGCAAGAAGGAGGAGGGUGAGGACGGUGUCCAGGACCUGACCUCCCUCAACUUGAAGUCCAACAAGGCCGCAGCCGCAGUGCUGCAAGCUCAGAUAUCAUCCCUCACUGCCCUUUCUGCCCUGGGAACACCCCCGCCUGCCCACGGUGACAGAUCUUCUCGCCGAAAACCUGGACCGAAACCGAAAAGGGUUCCACCUGCUGCACACAGCCCGAUCUUGAGCCCGUCCACUACGCCGGGUGCUAUCCCUCCAAUGCUAGGGGUCCCUGGAUCGCCCAGCGCGUCCCUUGCUCAGUUGUUCGCUGCGGCCGACUCGCGGCCCGAGGACUAUGAAGCUACCCACCACAAGGAUGGUAGGCCCCGUAACUUGGGCCGUGGCGUUUCCAAACCUAAGAAGAAUACUGUUGCCUCCCUUCUAGCCCAAAGCCGAGCUUUGGGGAUCAAGCCCUCUCCUAAUAUGGAUUUAGAGGCGCAGUUCUCAUUUCUUCGAAAUUCCAUGGCAGCGGUAGAAAAACAAAAUGAGUUGAAAGAACGUGACACUGAUGGUGAACACAGCAAUUCUCAUGAUGGCAGCCAGGAACCUCAUGAGGAGGAAAAUGUAAAUAACAAACCUGAAAGUGAUAGUGCCGAUGACACACAGCCCCAGGCACAUGAUGAAAAAAGUGAAGCACAUUCUUCUGACGAUGCUAGCAACAACAAAGUCUUAAAUCCUGAACAAACUGAAAAAUCUAGUGGUACACAAGAACCAGAACCAGUUACAAAAGAAACUGCAGAAGAUACCUCACAAUUAAAUGAUGUAGUCUGUCAACCUGAGGAUGGAUUAAAGCCAAGUGAUAUCAAUAAAGAACCAAAGAAUACAGUGGAUGGUGAACAAUCUGGCUCAGAGAAUGAAUUUUCUUCUGAAUCGGAUGAUGAUUUAGAUGAUGGAAGUGGUGAACCUACUGCAAAGAAGAGGAAAUUAGCUCCUUUUGAUGAAAGGAUCCUUCGUCUUCCUUUGGAGAGAGGAUGGCGGCGAGAAACAUUAAUUCGUGGACUUAGUCGCUCCGGGUUGAGCAUCAAAGGCGAGGUCACCUACAUCACUCCUUGUAAUCGUCGCUUCAAACAGUAUCCUGAGCUUCUCAAGCAUUUGGCUGCUCUAGCUGUUGCUGCUGACCAGACUGCCACUGUACACCAACCAUCAUUGCCCCCUCUGACCCGUGAAAAUUUUACUUUUUCCUCAAAAGUUGUUAUUGGUGACUUUUUACAACCAACUGCUAAUGAUCAAACAGUUCGUUUGAGUGACACUGAUGUGGCUAAGAGGUUAGAGGAACUUGUGGCAAUGCGGGGGCUAACUGGCAGUCAGCACUCUAAUGCACAAAUGAGAGAACUGAAGUUACAACAAAUGAAACAAGAUAAAGAGGCUAAAGUAAAGGCUCGUGAAGAAGCAGCCAAGCAGAAGGAGCAACUCAGGAUCCAGAAAGAGCAGGAGCGAUGUGAAAAAGCCGAAGCCCUUAAGCGUGAGAGAGAACAGCGUAAUCAACAAUUACUUGAGGGCCGCAAGAGAUUGGCUUUCACGGCUGAGCAAAAGUUGCACAUCAUUCGAGAAAUAGAGGGAGGGCGCAGCAAAUCGGAUGUAAGUCGAGCUUUGGGACUGGCCAGCUCUACUGUUGCAACAAUUUGGAAAAACAGGGAAGGCGUUUUAAGCGCACUUGAAAGUCAAGUUACUAAGGAGCAUCCUACUACUCGUACUCCUCCCAAGGGAUCACCGAAUAAUCUUCAACUCAGCAGUCAUUCUAACACACCAACAAGUGUCCCACCUGCAGCUACUCCUCCUCCAAAGAGCGAGACUCCACCACCUGCUCUUGCAAUUACGGCGCCUUCAACCAUCCCCAUAAUUGAUGACACGCUAUACAUGCAGGAGAUGAAUAAGCAGCGGGAAUUGCUCUACACUGUGGAGCUGGAAAGAGAGAGGAGACGACAACACAUGGCUCUAGUGCGGUCCCUGGAAAACAGAAAGCGACUGGAAGAAAGGGAGAGGAAGAGACUGGAAGCAAGAGCAGAAAAGCUUGCAAACCGAGAAAAGAAACUUGAGCAAAGACGUAUUGAUGUUGAACUACUUACUGAAAUUCGGAAACCAGUUGAGGAUAUGGAAUUAGGAGAGGAGAAAUAUUUGCCCAUGCUGGAACGUUUGCCUGGUCUCCAGUUAUGCGGUCAAGCUUUUCUAGACACACUUAUGGUGUUUGAAUUCUUACAUACAUUUGGGGAAACACUUGGUUUUGAUAUGGAAAGUUUGCCAACUCUGAACAAUUUGCAAGCAGCACUUCUUAAUGACCAGGACACAGAGGAAGAAUUAUUGUCUGUGAUGACACAUCUACUAGUUUGUGCUAUUGAAGAUCCAGGGAUUCCGAAUCCAGCCCGUCACAUCACAAUUUUAGGUCAAAGCCUGAAACAAGCUGAUAUAACUCAUAGUAAUAUUUCAGAAAUAAUGAGAAUUUAUUUAUAUGCUAACGCAACUGGCGAAGUUAAAUCACUGUCUGGUUUAAACUUUGAACGAGAUAGAGAAAAGCGUAUGUCUGAUCAUCAUAAUAGUUACGAUGAUACUUGCCCCACCAGUGGAAAAAAUGCUGCAUUCUUUGCUUGCCUAAGGGAAAAUCCAACAUGGGCCAUGUCAGAAUGGUUGCGGACACACCCUUUCCUUGCUCUCAGUCCAACAUGUAAGGCUGCUAUCCUUGCUUUUCUUUGCAAUGAACUUCUUCAAAACAAGGCAGUUACCGGACAGAUUGAAAAAGCAAUAGAAAAUGGUGGUCAAAUUAGGAAAGAUCGUUACAUCCUUGACAACAAACUUAGAAAGCUUCGCCUUUUACAUCAAAGAAAAGCAAGAAUAGCUGCUCUACAGACACUUCAGAAUGCUCAAGCAGGAACACCCAUGGCUACCCAAAUGAUGGGACCAGCCCAUGCUGUUACACCUCACACAGUUGGAGUACAAACUUCUACCACACCAACAACAGUGAAAACUGAUAUGCAAAACACACCCAGUUCUGAGCCCAGUGGUGAAACCCAAACAGAAACGAGUGAAGUAUCCACAGCCACUCCCUCUGAUAGCACCAUACCUCCCACUGACUCUAGUGCAAAGACUGAAGAGACUAUAGAACCUACUAAACCUGCUAGUAGUGACAGUGCCAAAAGUGAGUCAGCAGCUACCCCUGCUACCCCUGCAGCUGCACCAACCAAGAAGCAAGCAGCUCCAGUUGAAGCUGAGGAAGCAGAAGAUGAGAAUGAGGAUGAUAGUUGCAACGAAAGUGAAGGAACCCUUCCUGAAGGAACUCUACCUGAAGAAGAAGAGGAUCUUCGACUUAGUGCUGAAGAACUUGCCAAAAAGAUUGAUAGAGUUCAACGUCAAUUAGAAUUAAAUCUUCAAACAUUAAAUGCCUCUACCUACCAACUAAGGGCUACUCCACUAGGGCAAGAUAGGUACUACAGGCGAUAUUGGGCCUUGCCAACCGCUGGUGGUAUUUUUGUUGAAGCCAUGGAAAGUGCAGAACCUGAUCUUUACAACGAAUUAAAGAGCCAGCCAGAUCAUUGCAAAAAGAGGCCUAGAAGUGAGGAGGACGAUGUGAGUGAAGAUAGUGAAGAAGGUGGCCCUCGGCCCUGUAAAGAACGAAAAGAUGACAACGAAGAACACAGUGGCGAUGAAGAGGUAAAUGGCACAGAUGGAGGCACUGCAUCCGAUGGAGAUGAUGAAGAUAAUGAAGAGAAUGAUGAAGAGGAUGAGGAGGAUGAGGAAGUCAAAUCCAUCACUAAGAAUGAGGAAUCAAACGGAACCUCAAAGGCAAGUGGGUCUGGUAUUGAUCAAUCUUCUCCUAAAGAAGAAAUCAAACCAGCACUGGAAAUUAGUGACCAGAAAUCUAUUAAACAAGAAAACCAGGAAACAGUGGAUGGAAAAAUGGAAAUCGAAGAUCCAAUCCAUCAAGAAGUUGUGGUUAUAAAGAAAGAAGAGAGCGAGGACCCCACUGUUGAUGAUUCAAAAUUGAAAUCCGAUACUAAACACGAUGUUGAGGAUAUUAAACCCAUUGUAAAAGUAGAGGAUAGUGCUAGUUCUAACAAACCAAAAGAGGAAGAGGCACCUUUAACUUCAGUCAAAGUUGAUCUGACUUCCCGUCUUGAAGGUGCUGAGCUUGAGUCUGCCUUCCAAGGUGAUAAAGCUGCACCAAAGACAGAAGAAAUGGAGGACAAAGCAAAGGAAUCAACUGAUGUUAAACCAGCCCUCAAUCACGUUGAUGCCAGCAGUCAGGUAACAAAUGCAUGCCCUAAUGCGGUCCCUACUGUUUUAAACAAUGUGAAAGACUUGAAUGGUGGCUGUACUGCAACAAGCCCGCCAAGACCAGCAAGCCCAGAAAAGACAUGGUUUAGUAUAAUCCCCAGAGAUUCCUGUGAUAGUACAUCCGUUGGGAACAAUCCUGCAAGAAUUGUCGAUGGAGAGCUGAGAGUUCCUGUUUAUGGUUGUGGACGCCUACCUUCACCUGUAUCCAUGUUGCCGCUCUGUGAAUCUCCCCCUCCAUUGAUGAUGACUACAGAAGAAGCAGAAGAGCUCGAGAGAGUAAAACUUCAUGGACCACCAGAACCUCUGCCUUGUCAGCCAAUACCGAGGGACAUGAUGAGAGGUUGGUGGAAGAUAGCAAAACCAGAAUAUUUAACUGAAGUGACUGAUUCUCUUCAUCAAAGAGGUAUCAGGGAAGGUGAACUAAAGAGAAAUCUAGUGAGACACCUUGAAUCUUCUGUAGAAGCUUCAGUAUCUUCGUGCCCUGGCCCUGAAGACAAAAGUCUUGUAGAAUUACAUCCCACUGACAUAGAUGUACCAAUGGAGUUAGGAGCACCUUCUGCAGAAGUCCCAUCGCACUGGUCUGAUGAUGUUGCAUUGAGGGUAGAUCUAGCAAUAUUAGAACAAGUUGAAGCAAUGGAAGAUCGAGUUGCUAAUGCCAGCAUGCAGGUGAAGGGCUGGAAAGUACCAAACAGAGCAACUUCAGAAGAAGGGUAUGUUUUCCGCCCUUCAUGCCUUGAUGGUCAUGUAGAAGAAGCAGACGAGCGUGCCAACCCAGUCACCAUUGCUAAAGAUCGUCUGUUGUGCCUUGAGGCUGCAAUUGAAAGGCGAUAUUUAAAGCCACCCCUUGGAAUCAGUGUUGGUGAUGUUAAUUUGAUGGGACUUUCUGGCGAACAAUCUGUUCCUGACCCAGAGAGUUUGCCUAAAGGACUUAUUAUUUGGCGAGAAGCUGUUUCAAGAUCACACACUGCUGCACAAUUAGCUAUGUCACUGUACAUGUUGGAGUCAUCAAUAGCGUGGGAUAAAAGUAUAAUGAAGGCUAAUUGCCAGUUUUGUCAUUCAGGAGACAAUGAAGAUAAACUUCUACUCUGUGAUGGGUGUGAUAGAGGAUAUCAUACUUAUUGUUUUAAACCCAAAAUGGAAAAUAUUCCUGAUGGAGAUUGGUAUUGUUAUGAAUGUUUAAAUAAGGCGACGGGUGACAAAAACUGUAUUGUGUGUGGAAAGAAAACAGGCCGUAAUCUACUUUACUGUGAUAACUGUCCACGUGUUUAUCACACUGAUUGUCUUACACCACCAUUAAACAAGGUUCCACGAGGGAAAUGGUACUGUCAAAACUGUCACUCCAAGGUACCGAAGGCAAAACGUACAAGUACCAAGAAAUCAACACCGAGUAAAUCAAGAGGUGACAAAGACAGGAAUGAAAACACACGGGACAGCGAAAGUAGUGAUCAACCUCCUUCAAGUCCACCCUAUCUCAAGCCUCCAACACCAAUGGACAGCCACAAUGAUCCUCCAGAGAUGGAUUUCAUGGCUGAUAGCUGCUCAAUGAAGCCUAUUGAGGACACCAAUUCUACUGAGAGCCAAACUAAGCAUCCCAAUACACCACCUCAACUGUCUCCCCAUGCUUGUCCAAGCAGUUCCUCUGCAAGUUCAGUAGUAACACCAAAGAAAACCAGCAAAAGACUGGCCAAGGAACUGACACCUUGCCGCAUGUUACUAGAUGAACUAGAAGAGCAGGAAGAAUCUUGGCCAUUCCUCCUUCCUGUCAAUACUAAACAAUUCCCUACUUAUCGUAAAAUUAUUCGCUGGCCAAUGGAUCUCAGUACAAUUAAGAAGAAACUCAUCGAUGGGCAGUACAAGUCACGAGAGGACUUCUGCUCAGAUGUUCGUCUCAUCUUCAAUAACUGUGAAAUCUUCAAUGAAGACGAUUCUCCUGUAGGGAAGGCAGGGCACGGCAUGCGUACUUACUUUGAAACACGCUGGGGUGAAAUCAAUGGUCAUGCACAUAAAGGUAGUCCACAUUCCAAUUUAAGUCCAUCUCGUUAAUGAAAACUAUAUUUCUUCAUAAAUAAUGUUAUCUCGCAUCUUGUAAUCAGCAAUAUUCCAUUACAUGCUGGUCCCAAAGUUGUUUUUCUUCUUUCUAACACCAAUAGGAUAGACAUUCUUGGAAUGCAUUCAGGAAGUCACUGGUCUUCGAGUCCAUUUUAAUUCAAGACUCAAGGUGUUAUAUCAUAAUAUUGUACCCAUGAAGAAAGUGACAGCUCAAUGUGAUAAAAAUGUGAUUGUCUUUGUGAAAUGAUCGAAAUUAGCAGUGGGGCCCUUCUGCUUAUUAUUUUUAUAUAUUUGUAUGUGAUUCAUUAGCCCUUGAGCAUUGUGUUAGACUACGUGUUCAUUUAUCUCUAAGUUAAAUAAAUCUAUUCUAGUCACAGUAAUUACUAUUAGAAAAUUUUGUUCUUGCGAUUAGUUGAUUUAAGAUUUAUCAUAGGAUUCAGGCUUCAGGUAUAUGCUAUGAUCUGAGAAAUGUGUAGAUGUUUACAUGGACAUGAAAUAAAUGAAAUGACCAUUCCACUAUGA